ACGUAAUGUGUUUUCCAAAAGGCUGUCAGAAAGUUUGCUGCUUUUGUUAGCUGAUAUCUUCAAACAGAAAAUUCAUUUUGCAGUGUGUACAUUGCAGCAUCAGGAGUUGGUGUUCCCUUUGUGUAUGAGGUAGGCCUGCUACAGGGAUGCCAGGCAAUCAAGCGAGCCCGGACAGAGAUGACGUUGAGCUCAAAGUGAGCUACAUGGUGAAGAGGUCCCAGGGAAAGUCAACUCUGGGUGCCGUCAACUUCAAAAAGAGGGUGUUUGUUCUCUCACCCACAAGACUCAGUUACUAUGAGGGAACCAUUGAGAGAAGAGGAGGUAUGAAAGGAUACGUGGACUUAAGUAAAGUCAAAGUCAUUGAGAAAGUAUUAGACGGAGCAUUUGACAAGCCAUCGUUUCAAAUUGGUCACAGUGACCUAACACUGUAUAUCAUAGCCAGCAGUGAUGCUGAGCAGCAGGAGUGGAUCGCUCUCCUUCGACAAUACUGCCGAAGCAAUGUAAUUCUACAAGACAGAUUUCACCCUGGUAUCUUCACUGGCAAAUGGUCGUGUUGUGAUCAUCGCAGCAAGCACUCUCAAGGUUGUCGAGAGUCCUUCAUCCUCCAGACACAACCUGCUGCUGCUGUAGCCUCCCCGCCAGUACCCAGUGCCGGAGGAGCACGUAUUCCCAGGGGACCACUCCCACCAACUCCCGCACAAAAUCUUGCACCAUCUCCACCGCCACAUGGAUAUCAACAGAACAGUCACGGACCUCCUGCUGGUGCCCCCAGGGGCUAUGAAUCACAUGAACUAACAACUCAUACGUCCCCCUCAUCUGUUGGGAGGUCAUCGUAUCAUAGUCCAGCAGAACCACCUCCUCCCCCAUUGCCAACAAGACCACGGGACAGCAAACCAACUGAUUUUGAAGUGAUAGCAAUGUAUGAAUACCCUGGACUAGAGCGAGGGGACCUUUCUCUUCUUAAGGGUCAGAGGGUGACUGUGUUCGACUCCACGAGGGAAUUUUGGUGGAGGGCAAGGGACGAGAAAGGCAAUGAAGGCUACAUUCCCAGCAACUAUGUCAAGAAGAUGGGGCUGGACAGUGAAGAAUGGUUUUUCCCCCAACUCUCUCGAACAAGAGCUGAGAACAUUCUCAAAGGAGAGAGCCGAGAGGGAGGGUUUGUUGUGAGGAACUCAAGCAGAGAGGACAUGUACACACUCUCCAUAUGCCAUGAGGGGCAGGUGAGACACUACCACAUCAAGCUGGACGAGACAAACAAGUACUUCAUCUCAGAGAAACAUCGCUUCCCCUCAAUCAAAGAGCUGAUUGAGUAUCACAAACUAAACGGUGGUGGACUUGUCACUAGACUGAGGAAACCGCCCGUGCAGCUGGCUCCCAACCCACAGUCACUUGGACCACUGUUUGAUGAAGCUUGGGAGAUUGAAAAGGUAUCACUAUCACUGGGGAAGGAGUUGGGCAGUGGACAGUUUGGGAGAGUGGUUGCUGGCAGAUGGAAGGGAAAGAUUGAUGUGGCCAUCAAGAUGAUGCGAGAAGGAGCUAUGAACGAGGACGACUUUAUCGAAGAAGCCAAAGUCAUGAAGCAAUUCCAGCAUGAGAACUUGGUGAAAUUGUUUGGUGUAUGCACUAAAAAUGGCCCUAUCUUCAUUGUACAAGAGCUCAUGGUCAAUGGAUGUCUGCUUCAGUUUCUGAGGCAGCGCAAGGAGCUCGUUGAGAAGACAGAGAUUAUUCUCGAUAUGGCCACUCAGGUAUGCGCGGCCAUGUUGUAUCUCGAGGAGAACGGAUUCAUUCACAGAGAUUUGGCUGCUCGUAACUGCUUGGUUGGGGAUAGGAAUGUUGUUAAAGUGGCUGAUUUUGGACUGGCCCGGUUUGUGGUAGAUGAUGAGUACACAGCAUCAGAGGGUACAAAGUUCCCCAUUAAAUGGGCUGCCCCAGAGGUCAUCACUCACGCCAAGUUCAGCAGCAAGUCUGAUGUCUGGUCAUUUGGUAUCCUGCUGUGGGAGCUGUGGACAGGUGGCAAGACUCCUUACCCCACCUUCACCAACUCCCAGGUCCUGGACGAGGUGCUCAUGGGAUACAGACUGGACAGACCCAAACACUGCCCACCAGAAGUCUACACACUUAUGUCGAAAUGUUGGCUCACUAAUUCUGAUGAUCGACCACAGUUUAAAGUCCUCUCUAGUAGUUUAGGCCAAAUGAACUCGCAACAAGAUGAUGACUAUAGUGAAACAGUGGAUGACUAGUCGACUUUGUUUGUGUUAUCAUUUUCUACGUGCGUGAGGUUAAGUGGAGUCGACUGUUUGUCCUUGUAUAGAGUUUGUGUCUGUGUAUUUAACCACCUGUUUACUGUUGGUUUUAUGACAUAUAAUAUACGAUAUUGUGAUUGCAUAGUUAUUGUCUGUGUUUGUGUGUGCACAUGAGCCAUUUUAAAACCUUGUUUUUGUAAUUAGAACGUAUUAAUUACCUGUGCGCGUCAUUUGUGAUUAUGAAAUAAUUAUUUUAGUUUCUUAUGUAUAACUUUAUGUUGUGCUGUUCUCACAUAAUAUUGUGUAAUGUUUCAAAAAAUAUGUUGAAGGCAACACGUG